AUGGGGCAUCGCAGAGAUCGCAAAGGUCAGGCCAAUAGUCGUGCGGGUGUCGCUGGAGGAGUAACAAAUCAACGCAAUACGCUGGCUGUCAAAGCAGAGGCUGCUAUUGGGGAUCAACUCCUGCCAGGACGUCAUCCUUGCAAAUGUCAGGCCCGAAUCCAUGCUCUCGUCAGCAACUGUAUGGGAUGUGGAAAGAUAGUAUGUGUACAGGAAGGUAGUGGACCUUGCUUUUUCUGUGGAAAUCUGGUCUGCACCAAGGAUGAGAAAGAGAUUCUGGAUCGAGGUUCUCGAAAAAGUGCUGAACUUUACUCUCAUUUGAUGGGCUUGAAGAAGGGUGGUAACACCAAUGAAUCUUCACUAUCUGCUAUUGGAGCUGAGUUCCAAAAAGCUACUCACUUCAGAAACAAGCUUCUAGCUGCCGACGCUGACUCGGAGCGCCGCACGAAGGUUAAUGACUUGGAGAGCGAUUAUUCCAGCAUAGAGAACAGUCCCUAUCUAACAGCCGAGGAACGCCACGCAAUAAUCCAACGCCGUUUGGAAUUGGAAGAGAUCAAAGAGAGACGCAAGAGAAACAUAGUUAUCAAUCUCAAUGUUACUGAUGUCACCGUUAGCGAAGGGGUG